AUGAUUCUUGAAGGCAAGCUCCAGCUGACCAAGGUUUUGGGCACCGGUGCCUACGGAGUUGUUUAUGGUGCCGUCGAUAUCAACACCAGGAGGCGCGAGAUUCGACUCCACUACGAGGCAUCUGAACAUCCCAACGUGGUCUCCAUGCUCAGGAUCGUGGACCGCCCAGACUGCAUCUAUGUUGUUUUGGAGUAUUGCCCCGAAGGCGAUCUCUUUUACAACAUCACCGAGUGCGGACAGUACGUUGGCAAGGAUGAGCUUUCCAAGCGAGUCUUCCUCCAAAUCCUGGACGCCGUCGAGCACUGCCACAACCGGGGAAUCUACCAUAGGGACCUGAAGCCCGAGAACAUCCUGGUCACCGACAACGGCGAGACGGUCAAGCUUGCCGACUUUGGACUUGCGACUUCUGCCCCCGUUCGGACGACUACGGAUAGGCCCUACUACCUCUGUGCGCCAAACGACGUCUGGAGCCUUGGUGUCAUCUUGGUUAACCUAACUUGUGGCCGCAACCCCUGGAAGCAGGCUUCUGUUGAGGAUUCCACAUACCGGGCUUUUGCCAGGAACCCUGACUUCUUGAAGGCUAUCCUUCCCCUCACGGACGAGCUUAACGACGUCUUGCGAAGGAUCUUCUCCCAGAACCCCGACCAGCGAAUCACGCUCCCCGAGCUCCGCGAGCGAGUUCUUGCUUGCUCAAGCUUUACGAUCCCGGCUGUUCCCGCCAAUGUGCAAACGCCACCCAGGUCUCCCGAACCUAUUCAAUACGUUGACUAUGAUGAGGACGCCAUCAUCGACGAUGCCGAUUACGAUGCUCCUCUUUCUCCCGCCUCGACCGAUUCCCUCUCCGACGAAGGUUCCCUCACCUCCAGCGUAGAAAGCGUGGAGGAUUUGGAGGAUGCUUUCAUGGAGGAACAACACAUGCCCACCCAGCCCGCUACUCUCUUCGACGCCCAAGAACCGACCAUGGUCAUGUUCCCUAACCAGGAGUAUGUACCUCACGCCUACACGGGACCCGUGCCGGUCUCGGUCCCAAUCCAGGAACCGAUGCCGAUGCAUCACGUAUCAGCUGCGCCCAUUCCCAUCACCGCACCAGUUCAGGUUCCCAACUGCGCCCCCAAGGCCGCCUCAACCUUCUGGUGGUGGGAUGUGAUGAAGUAUGCCCAGCCGGUACUGCAACCGCAUGUGCCCUUCCAUCAACAGGUCCCACUCUUUGCUGCUCUCCAGGGAUAUUGA